CAGCCCUGGCAGAACCAGCCCACGGCGGCCCUGCCUCCAGCGCGGCAAAGUUUGUCCGGAUCCUCCCGGUGAUGUGGAGCCGGGAGCGAUGUAAAUUAAACCGACCGUUCGGAGGGGCAGGAACGGAAAGGAGUAAUAUAUACUUGAAGAAAUUUGAUUAAAGAUCGGACAGGCGCCUGACGGUGCGGCGUUCGAGCCAGUGUUGGCAAACGGCGGCUGGAGGAGGGGGCGGGAAAGACCUUGAAACCGCCGGCUGAGGGGGAAACUUGAAACUGUUGAGUGAUCUAGGACGGGGGUCCUGAAACGGGAGGGGGGAGACGUGAAACUGCUGACCCAACUGGAACCAGUGGAGGUGGCGUUCUGGAAACCAUCAGGAAUAAGGGGGGGUUCUUGAAACUGUUGACUGAACGACCGCCAGUGGCACAGGGAAGGGGUUUUUGAAACCGCUAGAAGCGGGCUUUUGUGUGUUUUUUUUGUUCCGGCGGAUCUUUAUUCCCUUUAACGGCUGUUUAAAGGGGCCAGGCUCCUCCUGCUGAAAGGCCCCGAUGAUGUCGGCGCCGGUGGUGGCGCCUGGGACUGGAGCCGGGCCUCCGCCGCCCUGCUUGUCCACCACCACCGGGAUGGCGAAAGGUACCGCCAGGCGGGCCGCGGCCUCCUCCAGCUGCGAGUCCCCUCCGCCGCCGAGCUCGGGAAGCCUGAUACCGCCCGGAGCCGGCGAGCUGGCCAGCAUCUUCGCCCCGGAGCUGGUCGGCGAGAAUGUCAACGGCGAGCUGGAGCCCGACCUGACCUCCAAGUUUGUGUUGGUGAGUCCGAGUUUGGAACAGUAUGACUGCCUGCUGAAACAGUUACGUGAGCGAAUGGACGAAGGUUGUGGGGAGACAAUCUAUGUAAUUGGACAAGGGUCAGAUGGCAAGAAAUAUGGUCUGAAUGAUGAGGAUAUUGAAGCGUCUGUAGCGACUGUCAAAAGUCUAGCUGAGCAGAUCUAUUCUGAUCUGAUCCUCCUCAGAGAGCGUCAGGAGGCAGGAGGAAAAGUAGCUGAUUACCUGGUUCGGAAACGAGUCGGGGAGAAUGACUUUUUGGAGGUCAGGGUGGCAGUGGUCGGGAAUGUGGAUGCUGGUAAGAGCACGUUGCUGGGUGUACUGACACAUGGCGAACUUGACAAUGGACGAGGAUUUGCGCGGCAGAAACUGUUCCGUCAUAAGCAUGAGGUUGAAUCUGGGCGGACAAGCAGUGUUGGCAAUGAUAUUCUGGGCUUUGACAGCACUGGGGAUGUUGUGAACAAACCGGACAGCCAUGGCGGUGGACUGGACUGGACCAAAAUCUGUGAGAAAUCCUCGAAAGUCAUCACCUUCAUUGACCUGGCAGGACAUGAGAAAUACUUGAAGACCACAGUGUUUGGAAUGACAGGACACCUACCAGACUUCUGUAUGUUGAUGGUUGGCAGCAAUGCUGGAAUUGUUGGCAUGACCAAAGAGCACCUGGGACUUGCACUGGCCCUCAACGUUCCUGUAUUUGUUGUGGUGACAAAGAUAGACAUGUGUCCUGCUAAUAUCUUACAAGAAACACUGAAAUUGCUGCAGAGGCUGCUUAAGUCUCCAGGCUGCAGGAAGAUCCCAGUCCUGGUCCAGAACAAGGAUGAUGUGAUUGUUACAGCAUCAAACUUCAGCUCUGAAAGGAUGUGUCCAAUUUUCCAGAUCUCCAAUGUCACGGGGGAGAACCUGGAACUGCUGAAGAUGUUUUUGAACCUGCUGUCACCGCGGACAAGUUUCAAGGAGGAUGAGCCAGCAGAGUUUCAGAUUGACGACACAUACUCUGUCCCGGGUGUUGGGACUGUGGUAUCUGGAACAACACUAAGAGGUUUGAUUCGUUUGAAUGACAUAUUACUUCUAGGACCUGAUCCACUGGGGAAUUUCAUGCCCAUCGCAGUGAAAUCAAUCCACAGGAAACGAAUGCCUGUCCGGGAAGUGCGAGGUGGUCAAACUGCAUCCUUUGCCCUGAAGAAGAUUAAGCGCUCAUCCAUCCGAAAGGGAAUGGUGAUGGUUUCUCCAAAACUUAAUCCUCAGGCAUCCUGGGAGUUCGAGGGAGAAAUCCUUGUAUUGCACCAUCCGACAACCAUCAGCCCUCGCUACCAGGCUAUGGUGCACUGUGGCAGCAUUCGUCAGACAGCCACCAUUCUGUCCAUGAGCAAAGAUUGCCUGAGGACGGGAGACAAGGCCACUGUUCAUUUCCGCUUUAUCAAAACCCCUGAGUACCUGCACGCUGAUCAGCGCCUCGUCUUCAGAGAGGGUCGGACCAAAGCCGUGGGAACUAUAACCAAGUUAAUCCAGACCACGAACACGUCACCAUCGAACACCAAACCGCUCCAGCUGAAGAUGCAGUCCACAAAGAAAGGGGCCUUAUUGAAGAAGGAGGAAGUGUCAGCAGCAAGUGGUGCAACUGGGGAGGAAGGUCUGUCUUUGGGGCAGACACCAGCUCUGCAUACAUUGAACCAAACACAGAUGCCUUCAGAGGAGGAUAAACAGAAUCCAGAUGUUAAUAAGGAGAACAAGCCCAAAGGUGGUGGAGGGAGAAGACGGGGAGGCCAACGACACAAGGUGAAGUCACAGGGAGCAGCCGUGACGCCAGCAAGUGGCUACUAGACACAACCCUGACUACCACAAGGAGACACACACACACACUUUCUCUCUCUUUCACCCUCCCCACCCCACCACUUUCUUACCCUUCUUUCUCCUCCCUUUCGUUCCACCAUCCCCUUCUUCUGAUAUCCUAAAGAAUUAUGGAAAUGUCUGGAGCCAAUCAGGAAGUGACAUGGACACUGUUUUGUUUUUUUUCUUAAAGCAUUUUUUAAAUGGAUUUUACAUUUUUAAACCAUUUGAAAACAGUGAUGCAUUUCAAGCCUGUUAGUGUUUUUGAAUUUUAUGCAUAUGCCAUUUUUUAUAUAAAAAUUAAAAUAAUCAAAAGCUUGCUCUGGUUGAGCUGAAAACAUGCAAGAGAAGUGCAGCCAGGCUUUCUGUCCCGGUGUUUAAAAGCUAUUCCUAACCUUGUCUUUUGAUUUGGAUUGGGCCAGACCGUUGGUUCAUUUGGUAUCUUGCUGAUUGCUCAGCUGUUAUCUAAAGUUAUAAACUAUUGGGUUAAUUGGUAUGUUUGAACUGCCAAUCAGGCUGACAAGCUCCAGAUUAUUUUGUUCUCUUGAGACAUCCCCAUGAUAGAUGCUGUAUUAAGGACAUUAAAUCCGACUUGGUGCUGGGAGGACGACAACAAAUCUAUUGUCUUAUCAAGUCUCAAAAAUCAACUCCUACUUGAUAUUUGAGAUCUUGUAGCCCCAACAUUGGUUGCAGAUGGUCUUCCAUUUCUCAAGAUGGUGCAGUCUUGCUUCAAAUCUGUUCUGUAGCAAAGUAAAUAUGGUUGAUGGGGGACAUUUGUAAAAGCUUUGAGACAGCUGUGCCCGGAAAUUUUUUUUUUUGAAAGGGCUCCCUCUUAAAGUUUCUAAAAAUGUGUCCUGAUGUUAUUUCAAAUUUGCUCAGAUGCAAGUCUGAGGCUGGCAUGCAAAUCUCACAACUAGCAACCAAUUAUGAUCUGCCAUCAGCACCUGGUACUGAGUUGACAUUGCUUGAAACGUGUGCAUUUUUUCCCCCAUCCUCAAAUAUAAUUGACUUUGGUUGGAUGAGUUGAGUGAGAACCUCAUCUAGGGGAACAGACUUAACACAUGCUAAACCCAAGUCUUGGUCUCUUUGCAGUGGAUGUCAUGGGGUGUGGUUCUGGUGUUAACUGGUUCUUACCUGUCCCCACAUCAAACCUGAUCCUUUAUCCCCCUUUUCUCUCCCUACGGGACUAGUCCAUUGGCUACAUCAAAUGGUAGCCUGCACAGAAAUCUCAAUUCGCUGGGCUCUGCUGUUUCAACUUUAUAAGCACCUUGGCUGUCUCUGCCAAAGCAGCUACUGAGAAGGGGACGAAAAGCAUGAAGAAAUUCUACUGUGCUCUUGUCAGCAGUAGACCACUAAUCUGUCUGGUGCUAAAUUGGAUUGCUCUAUGUGAAGAGUAAUGGAAGGGUGUGUAUUCCCCAUUCUGGUUAUGUGUGACAAGUAUCCACUUGAUUAAAGAUGCUUUACCUGGAAUAUUUGCUUUCUCUAGUGAGCUGCUAUGCCAACAAAAAUGUUUGUGUUUUUUCUCUUGCUAUAAACAUUUAAAUAAUUGGCUGUUUAUCUCUUGCUGUGCAAAAUCCUAGCUGGAAGAAUUCAUUCUUAAUAGACCUGUCUGUGUUAUGUUUAAACUCAUCUUGUUCAUAGUAUUCCAUUCUGUCACUAGAUGUCAGUCAUGUAUGUUAUAAACGUGUAGCACAUUAUACAAGGAUAAACUCUUCUUACAGCAUUAUGUGAAAUACACAAAGUCCCUUCAGCCCA